UACCUAUAAAAGUAUGUCAUUGCCCUAUCGAUAUGUUUUAUUUUUAUUAACAUUAAUUUAGUGAAAAAAUGUGGUCCGACACAAUAUUAAUUGUAUUUAUUUCGGUGUGCACCGCUUUCCUGGGCGAAGGACUCACCUGGGUUCUGGUUUACCGGACGGAAAAGUACCAAAAGCUGAAGACCGAGGUGGAAAAGCAGAGCAAAAAGCUGGAGCGCCGGAAGGAGAUCCACGGGGACUCCCUGGACAAGUCGGUAAAGAAGAAAAUCGAGCGGGACGAGGAGAAGCUGAAGAACAACAACCGCGACCUGUCGCUGGUCAAGAUGAAGUCGAUGUUCGCCACAGGAUUUGCCUUCACAGCUUUAUUGAGCAUGUUCAAUAGCAUCUUUGACGGCCGUGUCGUUGCACAGCUGCCCUUCACGCCCAUCUCCUGGAUCCAGGGCCUAAGCCACCGGAAUCUGUCUGGCGAUGACUACACGGACUGCUCCUUUAUCUUCCUCUACAUCCUGUGCACAAUGUCCAUUCGCCAGAAUAUUCAGAAGUUGCUGGGCUUUGCGCCAUCGCGUGCCGCCAGCAAGCAAGGAGUAGGUCUUUUUGGUCCGGCUCCAGGCCAGUUUAAAUAGGAAAUUCACACAUUAAAUUAGCUGCAUUUAGUCUUUAAUGCACCAUCAACAA